CCUCAUUAGAAUUUCUCUCGUAAAAAUUGCGGUUCUCCUGCUGAAGUAUUGAAGUCUCUUGCCCUCAGCGUCUUAUAAACCAUCUGCUUAUUUCGAACAUUGCAGGAUCUCCAAGUCAUCAUGGCUCCAACUAUUCUGAUUAUCGGUGCCACCGGUAACACCGGCAAGGGCGUCGUUCGUGGCCUUCCCGCGCUACUCAAGUCCAGCAGCACCAAGUACCGCGUUGUUGCCCUCACCCGAUCCUUGAAUAACUCAGUGGUCAAGCAACUUGCAGCGGAGGUGGAUGGUGUUGAGUGGCUAGAGAAGGAUUGGCCUGAUAUUGACGUUGAGUGGCUCAAGGGUCAGGAGGUAGUACGAGUCUUUAUUGCGCCGCACACCUUGCCUCACCAGUUUGCGGACGAGUCCACCCUUUACCUAGCUCUGCUACAGGCCGGUGUCAAGUAUGUUGUUCGGGUAUCGACCUUUGCGGAAUUUAUCUCUCCCACAAAUCCCACGCCAUAUGCCCGCUCCCACUGGGCAGUCGAGAACCUGUUGAGUCAGCCAGAGUUCAAAGAGCUACAGUGGACAUCACUUCAGCCGAAUUUCUUUACCCAGUACUGGCUGGGCCCUGCUUUUGGCUUCAUUGCAGAGUAUAAGCAAACGGGAAAACAGGGAGUGCUGCCUGUGCUUUCGUCAGAAGAUUCUCCUGCGGGAUUGAUUGACCCUGAGGACAUUGGCAAUGUUGCCGCCCAUCUUUUGGCUCUUGAUGAUGUAUCACCCCACAAUCAUGGCAAGUAUGUUCUCCACGGCCCUGAGGAUGUUACCGGAAGAGAUAUUGUCACGAUUGUCGAGGACUAUAUUGGUGAGAAGGUCGAGAAUGUGACCUACUCGGCAAAGGACACUUAUUUCAGCGCCGUCAAGGGUAUGGGUAUCCCUGAUAAGCUUAUUCCUGCUAUGUUUACCACCGUCGAGGCCUUAUGGGCAGGAAAGUGUGCGCGCGACUAUCACCCAGCCAGCAAAGAAGUCAUGGCACUAGCACCUCCCAAAACCACAACUGUGGAGGCGUUCAAGGCCAUGCUGGCAGGAUUUCCAUAAUGUAUGUAAAUAGCGUACAAUGUGGUAUAUAAAAACGAUAUAAUUCUGUUGUUUCUCAUGAGACUUCUUAUUCAGAAUCGCGGGUAAAGGUAGCUGUUGGGCGGUUGGGUCUGCGUAAAGCUGCGACUAGGGUUAUCCAUUUCUUUCGUCUACAAAGGUGUGGCUCUUUUCUCUUCUUGAUAGUACAUGGGCUGAGAGUAUUUUAAAUAUUAUUUACUAGACACAAGAUCUAGGGCUACGUGUUUGGGG